CAAUGAUUUCGCAAUUGACACUAAUCUUCUUUUUAUCUCUCGUUGUAAUCCAACCUUUUCAUAUUUUGGCCAAGACAUGGUGUGUAGCAGCUGCAUCAGCGACAGAUACACAACUUCAAGCUAAUAUUGAUUGGGCAUGUAACGAAGGUAAAGUUGACUGUGUAAAAAUUAAUCCUGGUGGCGUUUGCUAUGAACCAAAUACUCUUACUAGCCAUGCAUCAUUUGUGAUGAAUGAUUACUAUCGGAAUCAUGGGAGCAUUGAAGAGGCAUGUGAAUUCAAUCAUACUGGUCAAAUCAUUAGUGGUGAUCCAAGUUAUCGUCGUUGUAGGUAUUCGUAGAAUACAUGAUUUGAUGUAUGAUUUUGUGAUUGGAAAUUUUUCUAAUAAACAAUAAAAUUAUAUAGAAUCAAAAGUAUUUUUAAACAAUUUGUAAGAUUCAUAAAAACUAAAGUUAUUUUUCAUUCA